CUAUCUAUCUAUCUAUCUAUCUAUCUCUCUGUCUGUCUGUCUGUCUGUCUGUCUAUCUGUCUCUGGCACACUUUGUGUUUUCCUGUGUCUCUGUAACUUAAUAUUGACUUAAGUACAAAUAUUGUACAUCAGUAGAAUUAUUUGGCUAACAUUUAUAAAGUCACAUAUGCACUUUUAUCAACUUUUUUAUUAAGUUUUUUCCCCCUUUCCUUGUUCUGUGAUGCCUAUAGAUUGUUUUAAAGAUUUUUUUUCCAUCAAUUUUUCAGACUUCUGUUUGCUGAAAACAUCAAUAAUCUCAAAACUGGAGAGAACACAGAGGACAGAAAUAUGUGCAUCACUAAACAAUAUUGUGUAGUGCCAAGACUGUAUUAAUAAAAUGCAUGAUAUUAUUUUAAAAACAGUUUGGUUUUUUUUCACUCUAAAACAUUUUUCCCAAAUGUAAAUGUUGACUGAUAACGUGACGUUCGGUCGGGAGGCGGAGCCACGUGGUCACGUGGCUGGCGUCUCCAGGAAGUUUUGGAAGCAGCUGAUUAAUAUUCAUGAGCACGCCUCCGCCACAGCAGCUAGUGAAGCGAGCAGCGCUAUUGAUCUCCAUGGCUGCUCUUACAGCUGUACAAUGCGGCGUUAUCUUCGAGUCCUGUUCGUCUGCACGCUGUUCGUCUUCUGCUCGCUGCUCUACAUCUUCAAUCAGCUCGUGUCGUCUCUGGAGCGCGAGGACCACCAGCAGCGAGCGGACACAGGCCUGAGUGACCGCGCGCGGGAUGACAGGUGUAACUCAGGCUCUGUCACUCUCUGGGAGCCGUACUGGAGAAUCAGCGAUGCUGUGUGCCCAAAAGACUCGGCUCUUAGGUCCGCUCCUCGGGAUCCGGAGCGUCUGGAGCCGGUCGAGCUGGCGGUGGUGGCCUGCGGCUCCAGACUGGAGGAAACGCUCAUCAUGCUGAAAUCUGCGGUUCUCUUCAGCCACAGACGCUUGCGCUUUCACAUUUUCGCGGAAGACGACCUCCAUGCCGGCUUCAGACAGGCGCUGGAGUCGUGGCCGCAGAGGUUUCGCUCCAAGGUCAACUACAGCGUUUAUCCCAUAAGCUUCCCCAGCGAUAGCGCCAGCGAGUGGAAGAGACUCUUCAAACCCUGCGCUUCACAGAGACUCUUCCUUCCCCUGAUUUUGAAGCAGGUGGACUCUGUGCUGUACGUGGACACGGAUGUGCUGUUCCUGCGGCCGGUGGAGGACGUCUGGAGCUUUCUGUCCCGGUUUAACCGCAGUCAGGUGGCAGCGAUGGCCCCGGAGCACGAGGAGCCGCGCAUCGGCUGGUACAAUCGCUUCGCUCGACACCCGUACUACGGCAAGACCGGCGUCAACUCCGGAGUCAUGCUCAUGAACAUGACACGCAUCAGAGACAAACACUUCAAGAACGACCUGACAGCAGUGGAUCUGAAGUGGGCCGAUCUUCUGAUGCCUUUGUUACACAAAUACAAGCUCAACAUCACGUGGGGAGACCAGGACCUGCUCAACAUCAUCUUCCACCAUAACCCAGAGGCUCUGCUGCUGAUCGAGUGUCACUGGAACUAUCGUCCUGAUCACUGUAUUUACGGCAGCAACUGCAUCAGCGCUGAACAGAGCGGUGUUUACAUUCUCCACGGCAACCGCGGCGUUUACCAUGACGACAAGCAGCCCGCCUUCAGAGCCGUGUAUGACGCCAUAAAGCAGGUGAGAACUAAAGCGAUACAUUAACAUUC